UUUAUAUACCUUUUUUUGUGGGUUUUCUUUUUGUUGAUUGGAACUUCAUUGUUGAUUAGAACAAUUAUUGGAGCUCAAGUAGGUUGGUGAAUUGGGCUUAUGGAAACAACAUCCCAUUUGGGUGUUCUUGUUCUUGGUCAGUGUUUGUUGUUCCCGUAGCUCUCUUUUGGGGCUAUUUUGUUGAUUGGAACUCCAACUUAUGUACAAUUCUGGAAGCUCAAAUGGGUUGGUGAAUCAGAAAAAUGGGGUCAAAAUCUCAUCUGGGUGUUCUUGCUCUUGGUCAUUUUUUUAGCUUUUUUUGGGGGUUGUUUUAUUGAUUGUUUGGAACUCCAAGUGUUUCACAAUUAGCCAAGCUCAAGUGGGUUCAUGAAUAAGGCUUGUGGAAACAAAAUUUCAUCUGGGUAUUCUUAUUCUUGGCCAGUUUUUGUUGUUUUGGGGGGUUCUUUGGUUGAUUGGAACCUUCAUUAUUGGCUGGAAAGCGUGGCACAACCAGUGAAGCUCAAGUGGGUAGAACCACUUGAGGAAAUUUUUUUUGAUAGGAACCACCUGAGGAAAUUGGAAACUGAAAAAGAGGGAGGUGAACAGAGAUGGCUCCAGGAGGUGGCAUCUGCAAGGAAGUUUGUGAGUCCCGCUCUGCAUUUGCAGACUAUGAUGUAACAACAGCAAAUUUGGACCUAAGAAGUUCUCCUUUCAGAAAAGCAACUACUGGUGUUGGUGGAAAGCAUGGAACGCCAUCAACUAGUGGUGUGCAUGAGCUGUUGGAAUGCCCUGUUUGCAUGGAUCUAAUGCACCCUCCUAUUCACCAGUGUCCAAAUGGCCACACUUUAUGUUCCAACUGCAAGGCCAGAGUACACAACUGUUGCCCAACUUGUCGCUUUGAGCUAGGGAAUAUAAGGUGUUUGGCUUUGGAAAAAAUUGCGGAAUCACUGGAACUUCCAUGCAGAUACCAAAUUUUCGGUUGUCAUGACAUUUUCCCAUAUUACAGCAAGCUCAAGCAUGAACAAAACUGCCAGUUUCGCCCAUACAGCUGCCCUUAUGCUGGGGCUGAGUGUUCUGUCACUGGCGAUAUCCCGCUCCUUGUCAUGCACCUCAAGGAUGAUCACAAGGUUGAUAUGCAUGAUGGGUGUACUUUCAACCAUAGAUAUGUCAAAUCCAAUCCCCAAGAAGUCGAAAAUGCCACAUGGAUGCUGACUGUUUUCAACUGUUUUGGCAGGCAGUUCUGCUUACACUUUGAGGCAUUCCAUCUGGGAAUGGCACCUGUUUACAUGGCCUUUUUGCGGUUCAUGGGCGACGAAAAUGAAGCAAGGAAGUUCAGCUAUAGUCUUGAGGUAGGCGGAUAUGGCAGAAAGCUAAUAUGGCAAGGAGUUCCCAGGAGCAUUCGCGAUAGCCAUAAAAUGGUUCGGGACAGCCAAGAUGGACUCAUUAUUCAGAGAAAGUUAGCACUUUUCUUCUCUGGUGGCGAGAGGCAGCAACUGAAGCUGAAGGUGGCUGGCCGUAUUUGGAAAGAGCAGUGAGGGUUAAGUGCAGGGAGACCACAUUUUUUUUGUUUCAUUAUGGAUGGUAUAGUUGAUGGGGAUGCUAAAAGAUUCAUGUGGAAUUGUGUAAAUGAGUAGGCAUAGAUUACUUGUGGGACAACGUGGUACUAUUUUGUGCAUUUUUUUAUAUAAUUAAGAAUAUUUAUGCAUUCGAUCAA